AUGACAAAGGAAACCAUCACCCCGCUCCUCAUCAACAACGAGUCCGUUGUGACCGAUAUCAAGUUCGAGGUCCGCGCUCCAGCCACCGGCCAGCUCUCAGGCCAUUGCGCUGGUGCAUCAGUCGACGAUGCGACCCGUGCCAUCGAAACCGCAAAGGCUGCCUUCCCCGCAUGGAGCAAGAUGAAGCCCUACGCGCGCCGCGACAUCCUCCUCAAGGCGGCCGACAUCAUGGCGUCGCGCAAGGAGGAGCUGAUCCAAUAUCAGCGCGAGGAGACCGGCGCGGGGCGGCCUUUCUCGGAGAUCACGUUCCAUCUGGGUGUUGACUUAAUUAGGGACGUUGCGGGACGCAUCCCUACGGUUGAGGGCACGGUGCCUAACGUGGCUCGAGAUGGAGAGAGUGCCAUGGUGCUCAAGCAGCCGUACGGGGUGAUUUUGAGUAUUGCACCAUGGAACGCCCCCUUCGUCUUGGGCACGCGCGCAAUGGCCCUGCCGCUCGCGGCGGGUAACACCGUCGUCUUCAAGGGCUCAGAGCUAUCGCCCAAGUGUUUCUGGGCUCUGGGUGAUAUCUUCCGGCAGGCUGGCCUGCCGGCUGGAUGUCUGAAUGUCAUCUACCAUCAGGCCUCUGACGCUGCGCAGAUCACCAACGCCCUGAUUGCCCACCCGGCGGUGCGUAAAGUCAACUUCACGGGCAGCACGUUGGUGGGAUCCAUUAUUGCGUCCACGGCUGGCAAGUAUAUUAAGCCCGUGCUGCUAGAGCUGGGCGGCAAGGCGUCGGCGAUUGUUCUAGACGACGCAGACCUAGAGAAGGCAGCGACGAACUGCGCGAUCGGAUCAUUCUUGCACUCGGGCCAAAUCUGCAUGUCGACGGAGCGCAUUGUGGUCCAGCGAUCCAUUGCGGACCAAUUUCGGCAGAAGCUGGCCGAAAUCUCGGAGAAGAUGUUUGGCAAGGACGCACCGGCGCCGCUGCUGGUCAACUCGGCGGCCGUCUCCAAGAACAAGAGACUGGUGGCGGACGCCGUGUCGCACGGAGCGAAGCUGCUGUUCGGCGAUGCCAAUGCCAGCGAGUCCGUCGAUACUAGCAUGCGGCCUAUCAUCGUCGAGGGUGUCACCAAAGAGAUGGACAUGUACGCGACCGAAUCGUUCGGGCCGACUGUGUCUCUGAUCGUGGUGGAUACCGAAGAGGAAGCGAUCACACUGGCCAACGACACGGAGUAUGGCCUGACCAGCGCAGUGUUUACCAGCAAUCUGUUCCGCGGGCUGCGCGUAGCCAAGCAGAUCGAUUCAGGGGCCGUCCACAUUAACAGGAUGACCGUGCAUGACGAAGCCGUCCUGCCGCACGGCGGAUGGAAGAGCAGCGGGUUCGGUCGCUUCGGCGGCGUGUCGGGCUUAGAGGAGUUCCUGCAGACCAAGUCGGUGACCUGGAUGGAGUAA